AUGAACAAAAUUUUAUUAACCUUCCUACUUGUUUGCGUCUGUCUCUGUUAAGAGGGUACAAAAUAUAUGUAUUAAAAGAAACUCUAAUUUAACUCGAAAAUGGUGUAAGUUUGACCAAUCUAAAUAAACUAAUGACUAUGGAUUAUAGUUAAUUAGAUUGUUAGGCAAACUUAUUGUAGGUAAGCCACUAAUUAAAAAUGUGGGGUGAACUAUACUAAGAUGAAAAAGUUAUACAUCAUGAAAUAAAAUUAUUGAGUACAGCUCAUAAAAUACUAAGUGAAUAAAGGUUUAACAGAUUAAGAAAUUCAAGUAAGAUAAAAAUUAAUGAUAGAAACUAUUCAUAGGGCAUAAAGAAUACUUGCUGCUUUAAGACACAAUACACAUAAGAAACAGCAUACAAUUUAUUAGUAAUGGAGAGUGAAUGAAAUCAAUUAAUUAAAACAUUCAAUUUAAUUAUUACAAACAGCAACAAGUAAAUAAAUAAAUGACAUUUUUAGCUGAGAAUGAGAGCAAAUAGUGUUGUGAUAGAAUAGAAUAAUUAAUCAACAAAUAUUUAGAUGAGAGAAAACAUAUCGCUAAAUAAUGUGGAAAUGCUGAUGUAAAUAAUAUAUAAAGGCUAGGUUACUAUAAAUAUAAUUAAUGAUGCUGAAGGAAAAAUAUAAGUAAUAAAUAAAAAAUGCAAUGAAAAAGAUUCAGAAGUAAAAGUGAACAGAGUUGAUUCAAUAGACAAAGUUAUUGUUGGAUAAUCCUAAUAAUAAAGAAGGGAAGAACAAGCUGUUGUGGUUACUGAAUAAAAAUAAGAAUAAGUCGUAGAAGAACACCAAGAAUAGGUCGUAGAAGAACAACAAGAAUAGGUUGUUGAAGAACAUCAUGAAUAAGUUGUUGAAGAACACCAUGAAUAAGUUGUUGAAGAACAUCAUGAAUAAGUUGUUGAAGAACAUCAUGAAUAAGUGGUUGAAGAACAUCAUGAAUAAGUUGUUGAAGAACACCAUGAAUAAACUGAGACUGUUACAGAAACUGUGACUUAAGAAACAGUCGAAGAAUCAGAAGAAUUAGAGGAAACAGUAAUUGAAGAAACAGUCACCAAGACUACUUCCAGUAAAGUUGUAGAGGUACCAGAUGAUGAAGAUGAUGAUGUUGUUGAAGGGGAAUUGGUUACAACUUAAGGAGUUGGAGCAAGUGGAGAAGGUGGUAGAACUUGA